GCUCCGCGGCGGCCGGAAAAGGUGGCUUGUGUCUGGGAGGGGCCACAGCUGUCAGUACAUUGUGAAUCAUCCAAAGAGGAUGCCCGGACAGGUCUCUGUACUACAAUGAAAAGAGAAAACAGAUACUAGGAAUAUUUUUUUAAGACAGCUAUUUGAUUUCUUCUCAAAGUCACUGCUGCCAUCUGAGCUAUUGCGGAAGCAGAAGAUUCAGUAACUAAGAGGUCACCGUGGAGCUGCUGGAAACUCACAGAAGAAGCACCUCUCAAACUGUGCUUCAGGCUCUGAAAAGGAGCACAGGGGAAGCUUAGUCUUGCUUUGGAUCCAAGCAAAUGCUGUCGGAGCGAUGAACUGGGACUUUGUGUGCGGACUACUGGCUUGAUCUUGAUAGGAUUGGGUAUAUGUUGUUGGAUCGGGCAGGCCAAGAGGCCCUGAGACCUACAGGUGCCAACUGUAUGGAGAAAAGCGGCUGUAGUCCAUUUCCAGUGUGUUGGGCUAAAGAAUAUGACAGAUACCUAGCAUCUAGCAAAAGAAUGGCAGCUGCUUAUCUUGACCCAAACUUGAAUCAUACACCAAGUUCAAGUACUAAGAGCCACCUGGGUACUGGCAUGGAACGGUCCCCUGGUACAAUGGAGCGAGUAUUAAAGGUCUUUCAUUAUUUUGAAAGCAGUAGUGAGCCAACCACCUGGGCCAGUAUUAUCAGGCAUGGAGAUGCUACUGAUGUCAGGGGCAUCAUUCAGAAGAUAGUGGACAGUCACAAAGUAAAGCACGUGGCCUGCUAUGGAUUUCGUCUCAGCCACCUGCGAUCAGAGGAAGUUCACUGGCUGCAUGUGGAUAUGGGAGUCUCCAGUGUGAGGGAGAAAUAUGAACUCGCCCACCCACCAGAGGAGUGGAAAUAUGAAUUGAGAAUUCGUUACUUGCCAAAAGGAUUUCUAAACCAGUUUACUGAAGAUAAGCCAACGUUGAAUUUCUUCUAUCAACAGGUGAAGAGUGACUACAUGCUGGAGAUAGCUGAUCAAGUAGAUCAAGAAAUAGCUUUGAAGUUGGGUUGUCUGGAAAUUAGGCGAUCCUACUGGGAGAUGAGGGGCAACGCCCUAGAGAAGAAGUCCAACUAUGAAGUGUUAGAAAAAGAUGUUGGUUUAAAGCGAUUUUUCCCUAAGAGUUUACUGGAUUCUGUCAAGGCCAAAACACUAAGAAAACUGAUCCAGCAAACAUUUAGGCAGUUUGCCAACCUUAAUAGAGAAGAAAGCAUCCUGAAAUUCUUUGAGAUUCUCUCUCCGGUGUACAGAUUUGACAAAGAAUGCUUCAAGUGUGCCCUUGGGUCAAGUUGGAUUAUUUCCGUAGAACUGGCAAUCGGCCCAGAAGAAGGGAUCAGCUACCUGACAGACAAGGGCUGCAAUCCUACACACCUAGCAGACUUCAACCAAGUACAGACCAUUCAGUAUUCAAAUAGUGAAGACAAAGACAGGAAAGGAAUGCUACAACUCAAAAUUGCUGGUGCCCCUGAGCCUCUGACAGUGACGGCACCAUCCCUAACCAUUGCAGAGAACAUGGCUGAUCUGAUCGACGGAUACUGCCGGCUGGUAAAUGGAGCCACACAAUCCUUCAUCAUCAGACCACAGAAAGAAGGUGAACGGGCAUUGCCAUCAAUACCAAAGUUGGCCAACAGUGAAAAACAAGGCAUGCGGACACAUGCGGUCUCUGUGUCAGGAGUCAAUCACUGCCAACAUAAAGUUAAGAAAGCUAGGCGCUUUCUCCCUUUGGUCUUCUGUUCCCUUGAACCUUCUCCAACCGAUGAAAUUAGUGGGGACGAGACAGAUGACUACGCUGAGAUCAUUGAUGAGGAAGACACAUACACCAUGCCCUCAAAAAGCUAUGGAAUAGAUGAAGCCAGGGAUUAUGAGAUUCAGAGAGAAAGAAUAGAACUUGGACGCUGCAUUGGAGAAGGUCAGUUUGGAGACGUACAUCAAGGCGUGUACCUGAGCCCAGAGAAUCCAGCUUUGGCUGUUGCAAUCAAAACAUGUAAAAACUGUACUUCGGACAGCGUGAGAGAGAAGUUCCUUCAAGAAGCCUUAACAAUGCGUCAGUUUGACCAUCCUCACAUCGUGAAGCUGAUUGGAGUCAUUACAGAGAACCCCGUCUGGAUAAUCAUGGAGUUGUGCACGCUUGGAGAGCUGAGGUCAUUUUUGCAAGUAAGGAAAUACAGCUUGGAUCUGGCAUCUUUGAUCCUAUAUGCCUAUCAGCUUAGCACAGCACUCGCGUAUCUGGAAAGCAAAAGAUUUGUUCACAGGGACAUUGCUGCUCGGAAUGUUCUUGUGUCCUCAAAUGAUUGUGUAAAAUUGGGAGACUUUGGAUUAUCCCGAUAUAUGGAAGACAGUACUUACUAUAAAGCUUCCAAAGGAAAAUUGCCUAUUAAAUGGAUGGCUCCAGAGUCAAUCAAUUUUCGACGUUUUACCUCAGCUAGUGAUGUGUGGAUGUUUGGUGUGUGUAUGUGGGAGAUACUGAUGCAUGGCGUGAAGCCUUUUCAAGGAGUGAAGAACAAUGAUGUGAUCGGUCGAAUUGAAAAUGGGGAAAGAUUACCAAUGCCUCCAAAUUGUCCUCCCACCCUCUACAGCCUUAUGACGAAAUGCUGGGCCUAUGACCCCAGCAGGCGGCCCAGGUUUACUGAACUUAAAGCUCAGCUCAGCACAAUCCUGGAGGAAGAAAAGGUGCAGCAAGAAGAACGGAUGAGGAUGGAGUCCAGAAGACAGGCGACCGUGUCCUGGGACUCUGGAGGGUCUGAUGAAGCACCACCCAAGCCCAGCAGACCUGGUUAUCCUAGCCCAAGAUCCAGUGAAGGAUUUUACCCCAGCCCACAGCACAUGGUCCAAACCAAUCACUACCAGGUCUCUGGCUACCCAGGUUCUCAUGGAAUCCCAUCCAUGGCAGGCAGCAUUUACCCAGGUCAGGCAUCUCUUCUGGACCAGACAGAGUUGUGGAAUCAUAGACCCCAGGAGAUGUCUGUGUGGCAGCCUGGUGUGGAGGACUCAGCAGCUUUGGACCUUCGAGGAAUGGGACAGGUGCUUCCCCCUCAUCUGAUGGAAGAGCGGCUAAUCCGACAGCAGCAGGAAAUGGAAGAGGACCAGCGCUGGCUGGAGAAGGAAGAGCGAUUUCUGAAACCUGACGUGAGGCUCUCUCGAGGCAGCAUCGACAGGGAGGAUGGGAGUUUUCAGGGUCCGACUGGAAAUCAGCACAUCUAUCAGCCUGUGGGGAAAACAGACCCUGCAGCUCCACCAAAGAAACCACCCCGCCCUGGAGCACCUGGUCACCUAAGCAACCUGGCAACCAUCAGCAACCCUGCAGACAGCUACAAUGAGGGUGUCAAGCCGUGGAGGCUUCAGCCCCAGGAAAUCAGCCCCCCUCCCACUGCCAACCUGGACCGGUCCAAUGACAAGGUGUAUGAGAACGUGACGGGCCUAGUGAAAGCUGUCAUCGAGAUGUCCAGCAAAAUCCAGCCAGCUCCUCCGGAAGAGUAUGUCCCUAUGGUGAAGGAAGUUGGCCUGGCCCUACGGACCUUACUAGCCACUGUGGAUGAGACCAUUCCAGCCCUCCCAGCCAGCACACAUCGAGAGAUCGAGAUGGCGCAGAAGCUUCUGAACUCUGACUUGGGUGAGCUCAUCAGCAAGAUGAAGCUGGCUCAGCAGUACGUCAUGACCAGUCUGCAGCAGGAGUACAAGAAGCAGAUGCUGACAGCUGCUCAUGCCCUGGCUGUGGACGCCAAGAAUCUCCUUGAUGUCAUUGAUCAGGCAAGACUGAAGAUGCUAGGGCAGACACGGCCACAUUGAGCCACUGGCCAUUGAACACGGCUUUCUGCUCUUUGGGAGAUCUUUUCUAGCAUUCCACCAGCAGCGAGGAAGUAACAAUACCAUGUCCUCCUCGGACGCCUGUACUCACAACUCCAACUGAAUGACAGCUAGCUGAAAGUCUCUCUUGUAUAAGUUUAACCACUAAUGUGUGGUUUUGAUUUUGUUAUUUUUCUAAAUAAUGUUCAGAAACAUCUGGAUCCAAAAUGUGGCAUUUUUCUGAAAUGAAGAUUGUACAUUAAGAAGCUUUUAAAAUACACUUGGUGUUGGAAUUGGGAUGUGUGCUCUUAGAAGUGGUAAUUCCUACUGAUCGUGGCUUCGAGGUGGAAGAGGAAUGUCUGAAGAGGGAGGGUUCCCCAAGAACCCGAGGUUGGCCAUCCUCCUGCCAGAGUUCCUGUUCAGGCUGGCUUACAAUAUGCUAAUCUCGCUUGCAGAGAAAGUGCAUAAAAACUGUAUUUUGAAGACUGAGAGUUUUCAGAAAAAAGCUUCCGCCCUCCCUGUGUCCACCUUUUUCUUUGCAGUGGAUACUGAAGCAUUGAGUUGUAAACUCUCUGUAGAACUGACAAAAACUCUUAUCUUUCCUCACCAGAAUUCUGUGCCAGUUUUUUGUAGCAAUGUAAUUUUUCUUGGGAGCAGAAAUGCUUUGUACCAGAGCACUCCCAGCUGCAUCAAGAAGUUCCGGAACCAUCCCUGUUCUCCAUUUUUAUAUAAUUUAUAAGAAUUAAAGCCAUGUUGACUCUUACAGCCACUAGAGCUAACUGAUGUUCAUUGCGUCUGUCUUCCAAGGGAGGACCCACAGGACACACAGGGAUGUGGUUCUCUUUAGAUGUCCAGUUGUCGCCACACCAUGCGUCUGUUAGAUGAUGUUGAAAGCAUACCUUCCCUUUAGUUUGUUGAGGGAUAUAAAUUAUUCUCAGGAAGAAUAUAAUGAAUUGUACAGUUACUCUGACCUAUUAAAAAGGUGGCGCCAGUCAA